UGGGAAUUUGUGGAGAAGCUGGUGAAAGAUUUAGAUGAGAAAGACCUUGAAACGCAAAAUGCAAUUGAUUACACGGUUCUCCAUUUUGUUGCCUAUUCUGAAAGCGUAAAAACUGCCGAAAUUCUGGUAAGCAAAAACAGUAAGUUAACACAAAUUGUCUCCAAGGAUGGAGCAACUCCACUACUGCUGUCUGUCAGACAGUCUCUCCAUAAGGACAUGAUUUGGUACCUUGCUUUGGUAACAAGAUUUAUUCAUGUGGAAACCGGAGUACCACCCGAUUCACUUAGAAACAGGAAAGGCGUGCCAGCAUCGGCCUUCCCGAGCUUCAUUGUUCGAAGACUUUACUUUGGAAAGCUUCUGAAAAACUGGAUAAGCAAGCGUACCUUGCAUAAUUUUUUAUUUCGAUUGGUAUGCAAACAUUCUCUGUCAAACUACUACUACAGCUUUUACAUAAUUUUACUUUGCAGUACCAGGUUUAAAACGAGUUCGAGAAGCCAAGAAGAAAUUUUUAAUCUGAUAACCGAGAUCCCUGCAACUACAGCUAAUUUGCGCAAUACAGAGGAUGUUCAUGGAAACACUGUCCGGCACAUUGCAGCAAAACUGGCACGUCCCUCUAAACUCUUAUCAAUUUCUGGUGCGGCUUUACAGAUGCAAAGAGAGGUGCAAUGGUUUAAGGAGGUGGAGAAAUUAUUUGACCCUGCAAAAAUAGGCGAGAUCGAUGUGGAACGUAAUACAUUUAUGGACCAUUUCACGGUGAAUCACAAGACGUUUUGCAUGAUUGUUAGCACGCUCGUUGCCACUGUAGUGUUUGCUGCUGCUUUUACUGUACCUGGAGGCAAUGUAGGUGAUACGGGCAUUCCAGUUUUUCUGCGGCGGGCAGAUUUCUUAGUGUUCGCCAUUUCAGAUGCACUAGCUUUGCUUUCUUCAUCCACUUCUUUAUUGAUGUUCUUGUCCAUCUUAACUGCGCGAUAUGCGCCCGAAGAUUUCCUCCUAAGGCUGCCAAAGAGGUUGAUUAUAGGUCUCGGUUCUCUCUUCUUUGCUAUCAUCACCAUGAUGGUGGCCUUUGGUGCAGCAUUGUACAUGCUACUCAAGGACAGAUGGGAAUCAAUUUACAUCCCAAUUAUCAUUCUGGGUUGUAUACCGGUACUGUUAUUUGCCAAGCAGCAAGUUCCCUUAUUCUACGAUAUGGUCCAGUCAACAUAUGGAUCCGGAGUUUUCAAGAAGAAAAAGACAUGGUGAUUCCCCAUUAAGUGGAAAUUACCCUUUUGGGCAUGUCAUUAGAAUAUUUAAUUAGCAUGAGUGCAAGAGAUGUGAAGGAUGUAAUUUAUUUGGAAUUUAUAUAAAUGUUGUGGUGUGCAUUAAGAAAUGGUUGUGCUCUGUU